UACUGCGACCCCGAGGAGCCGCUGGGCGACGACGACUUCGACGAUUACGCCAAGGAGCUGUCGCAGUACCGGCGCAGCAAGGAGCGCGGCCGCGGGCGGGGCCGGGGCCGCGGUGCCCGGGGCCGGGGCAAGGGGCCGGGCCGAGGCCGCGGGCGCGGCCGCAGCGGGAUGGGCAAGGGCGGCAUCAACGACGACGACGACUUCUACGACGAGGACAUGGGGGUGAGUGAGUGCUCAGAAUUCCCUAAAAAUCCCAAAAAUCCUGCCCAGAAACGUAAAAAACCCAAAAACCUGCAAGGACAUGGGGAUGCUGGCCGAGGACGCCGAGGCGGGCGCAGCCCCUGA